AUGGGAGCCAGGGCGUCGGUGGCGCUGUGUAACGACCCGUCUUCGGUGAGGAUCCUGAGGCCCGGCGCUAAGGUCAGCCCGCAGCCCACUGGUCCCACCCUGGACUGGGAGCCUGAAGUGGCCUCCAGCUGUGUGUUUGGUGUUGCCUUGGAAACGCUGAGGGAGGAAGGGCAGAUGGUCGGUGGAGUGCCCCUGGUGUUAAGAGACAUGGUGGAGUUUCUGGAGAGGAAUGGAAUGCAUCACAGGGGUUUGUUUCGUCUGUGUAGCUCGGUGGCUCGGACCCGGCAGCUGAGGCAGCUGUGGGACCACGGAGAGCGGGUGGGCCUGGAGGAAGAGGCCGAUGUGCCCACUGUGGCUUCGCUACUCAAACUCUUCCUCCGGGAGCUGCCCACCCCCGUGGUGCCGGAACCCCAGCGGCAGCAGCUCCUCCUGAGCCUUUCAGGAUAUGCAGACGAGGCAGAAUUUAACCAGUCUCUGACGGGGAAACUUCGCCACCUCCCUGCCGACAACCUCAUUAUUUUGUCUUAUCUCAUCCACUUCCUGUCCAGGGUGGCUGAUCACAGCCAAACAAAUCACAUGCCCGUGGAAAACCUGGCAACCAUCUUUGGGCCUUGUAUAUUUCACGUUCCAGCCGGACCCAGGAUGCUGGAGGAGCAGAGUGUGUGUAAUGCCCUGUUGCUCCAUCUUCUCAAGCACCAGAGCGUUCUCCUUCCAGUCCCAGCCGAGAACACUCUGGUCCCCUCCUCCAUCGCCUCCUCCUCACCACCUCCUCCUACUCUCUCCGCUCUCUCACACUUUGAGGUCCGACCCAGCAGCCGUCACUCAGAGCGGAGCAGCGUGGACAGAUUGGAGGGAGACACCACGUCCGUCUCACCGACGAGUGCUUGUGACCAAACAGUAUGGAUCAGAGCUCAACUCAAAAGUGCUGACACUCUGAUGCCGAGAUGUGAAACCAGCUCUGACGUCAGUGCUGACAUUCAGAGGCUGAUUUCAGACCGGCAGGCUCUGGAAGAGAAGGGGAAAAGUACGGGGGCAGGCUGUGUGCCCUUCCGCCUCGCUGACCCAGGGCCAGAGAACCAUCUGCACCAGAGGGGACAAUUUCAAAAGGUUCAAGAGACACCAUCAGAGGUGAUGUGUACCACAGUGGGGACCUUUUCAUCGUUCAAAUCGUCGUCAAAAGAGAAAGAGCGGACAGAAGGAAACAAGGAAGAGGACAGACGGACACCGUCCUCGUCCAUUAGAGAUGACUGUUCACUGGCUUCUACAAAUCCAGGAAGGACAUCUGUUUCCGACUGCUGCAUAGCCAACGGAUCUCAGAGAAAAAGCCAUGUGCAGAGUCAGCACACAGAGAGUCUGCUGUGCUGCAUCGAGUCAAAGACAGAAGACAAAAGCAAAGGGCCUGAUAGGAAGGGGAGAAGAGGAGGAAGAGGAGGAGGAGGAGGAGGAGGUUGUGGUUCUUCUAACACUCUCAAUGAUUGCAGAGGCAGGAACAACAGUCAUGACAGCCCCUUUCUCAAGCUACAAGCCCUGGAGGCUGACUCGGGAUCCCUGCCAGCAGCAGGAGACCCCCGAGUUGGGGAAAGCCGUCCUGCUGAGGAACAGCCUCUUUCUCCUGAAGAGCAGAGUCUGUAUCUGAGCCACAAGCCGUUCCUGCACUUGCCACCAUCACCACCAGCUCAGGAUUAUAACACGGUGGACUUAUCACAGCCUGUACAGACACCUUCCCCUCUUUCAUCAGAGUCCAGUCCCGUCCCCUCCACUGCCACUCUCUCUGAGGAUAUGUCGGGAGACGAAACCCUGUCGAGCACGACGGGCCCCCCCACCAGCCCGCUCCUGUCUUGUUUUACGACGACCGACGGGCCCGUUCCCUCGCCGCGUUGCUCCAACCUCAGCGACAGCCUGCGUUACAACUUAGACCCGGAGACGGCUCCUUCUCCACCGUGCUCCCAACACAUACGCAUGGCCCGCUGCAGCCUCCACACAGAGCCAGAUGAGGGCUCGGUGUCCGUCUCCGUGCUCAACAGACACAUCCACACCCUGAGGAGGAGGAUCAGGCAUUUUGAGGAGCGUUUCGAACAGGAGAGGCACUAUAAGCCGGCUCAUAAUGACAAAACAUCAGAUCCAGAGAUGGCCAGACUAAUGAAGGAGCUCAUUAAGACUCGCAAGCAGCUUAAAGAGCUCAAGCUGAGACAAACGGAAGAAGCCGGGUUGAGAGGACGGGGACGUUUCAAAACACGCAGGACCAACACAGACCAGGGCGAGGCAGCACAGACAGGAACGGAGCUGCAGCAGCUCAACAACAACGGCAACACAACGCCAAACGUGGAGGAAACCGUCAACAUGAUAAGCAACCGACUGAAGGAGAGACGGAGGGAGCUUCGCCUGCCCGACCACAUUAAGGAGAUGACUCAUUACCAGAUGACCAUGGAGAAAACUAGCAUGCAGAAGUGUUUGCUCUUCUUUGAGAGUCUGCACGGACGACCGACUACAAAGCAGGAGCGGACGCUCAUGAAACCUUUCUACGACCGAUACCGUCUUCUCAAGCAGCUUCUGCUUUUUUCUGCGGCCUCGACCGUCAUUACGACCAUUGAAGAGGAGGACUCUGAUGAAGGUCAUCCCAAACAGCGAAGCCCCAGGCAGCAGCCAGAUUGGCUUAAAUCUCCCAGGUGUGCGUCCUCAGACGAGUUGCUGCAGUUGCCUUCAUUGGAAAUGUCCGAAACGCCUCUGGUGUCUCCGCUUGAGGAGGCGAAGAGUCUCGAGCCGCAGAUCAUCACCUUGGCAACAUUACACGAAGCUUCCAGAUCAGAAUUGCUGGAUCACCUCAGAGUCGCUCGAUCAGAGAAGCGGAGGCUCCACAAAACACUCAGAGAGUUUGAAAACCACUUCUACACGCAGACCGGCAGGGCUUGUCAGAAGGAGGACCGUGGACAGAUGGCCGAGGAGUACUGCCAGUAUAAGAACCUCAAAGCGAAGCUCCGCCUACUGGAGGCCCUGCUCAGUAAACAACAGGACUCAACCAAGACCAGUUGAGUUGACUCACAGUGGGACUUUAAUGUAACUUAACAGGACUGGAUCAGAUCUGAGAAGCUGGUGGGACUGGUCUGUUUUUUUCUUUUUUAAUGCCAUGCUCAUAAUGUGGACGCACUUUACAUGAGGAGAGCGGUGAUGGAAGUUGGAGAGAAUCUGACUGAAAUUCUGGGCGACUGCAGAGUUUUUUUUCCGUCCCAAAAACAACACAUCCUUUAUCAUGUCGUGACACGUCUCGUUACAAACCCAAUGUAGCACGUGUAUCUUAUGUAGCAUUAGUGUGUAUCAAAGAUGAAGAGCUGUAACUUCUUGAUGUUAGUUACAUAUUAGUUAUUUUAAGAUGACCGUACGUAUAGCUAUCGCACUUUGCCUUUUUUUUUCUUGCCAAAGUUCUAUUUUUGGACAACUGUGUCCAUAGUACAUGUGGAGCAUUUUUUUUAUAGUGCUGUCUUUGUUAAACAAAAGGCGAAUGUUUAAAUGCAAUCAGUGAGACAAUCCUGUCGUGGCUGUGCAUGUCAGUUUUUGUGCUAUGAAAUGCAUUCUGAAUUUUAUAGUGAAUCUAAAUCGUGACCAUGUAAAUGAUGGUGAACCUUUGACAUUGUAGUGCAAGUUUUACUGCUGUCGAAUUUGUCUUCCCCCCCAUUUUUGCCUUUGCUUAAUUAAUUCCCCAUAAAUGCUGUU